AUGGGAGAACUGCUGCUGGAGCAGGAUUUGGAACUGCUUUCCUCGACCAAGGGCAACAUCUUCCUCGUCAACUUCCUCGAAAUAAUCCGCUUCAAGGAAGUCUAUCCCUUCAAGACCUUCAGCCGGCUGGGCCGCAGCAUCCUGGCUGGAGUGCGCACCAAGGCAGUGGAGCAUCUGGCGGGCCGGCCCAUAAAGCAGUUCUCUUUGGUGAAGACGGUGGGCGGUUCAAACGCAAUCUACCAGAUGCUGGUGCUUUACGAUUGCGACGAGCUGUACUGCCCCUCUGGAACCUUUUCGCUGGAUUCAACGCGAGUGUGCACCACCACCUGUCCCGUCUACUACUUCGUCAACUAUACUCUCAGCGUCGUCCAGUAUCAGUGCGUCGCCAGGUGUCCAGCCAAUACUUUCCUGAAUUCUACAAAUUUCUGCGUGAACGCAACAACCUGUCCAGCCACUACAUACGGUAGUCCCUUCACCGGCACUUGCGUUACCGACUGUCCCAACAACAGCACGGUUCAAAUGUACGCUGACACCAAUCCCAACGUCAACCUCUGCGUCUACGUCUGUCCGUCCGGCUUCUACAAGCAGAACCUGACCGCCAACCACACCUGCGUCUCCAGCUGCCUCAGCAACUACUUCAUCGACUUCGUCAACCUCAUCUGCGUGCAGACCUGCCCCAACGGAUCAUACAGCUACGUCAAUGGAACCUGCCUCCUCAACUGCCCCAACGGGUUCUACGCCGAUCCCAACCUCCACAUCUGCAAUACCACCUGCGCCGGAGGACUCUUCAGAGACGGCACCAGCAACUUCUGCGUCCAGCUCUGUCCUCCCGGCUACUUCGGAGACAUCACCGGCAACUACAUCUGCACCAAGACCUGCUCGGUAGCCACCGAGUACGGCAACCCAGUGAACCGGCUCUGCGUGGUGAAGGCCAGCUGCACCGCCCCCUACAUCUACGCCGACGACUUCACCAGGCAGUGCGUGAUACAGUGCCCCCUCAGCCAGAACACCUUCGGCGACGCCAGCGCAAACUACUGCAAUGCUUCCUGUCCCUGGGGACCCACGCUCUUCCAGUUCAGGGACCCCUCCACUCAGACAUGCGUUUCCAGAUGCCCGAUCAAUCCCUCCUACUACGCCGACAAUACCACUUUCUACUGCGUGACCACCUGUCCGACCAACUACUUCGCGGUGGACGCCACCAGGACCUGCGAGACUUCCUGCCCGAACGGAUUCUACAUAGACAACGUGACCCAGAGAUGCGUUUCCACUUGCCCUGCAGACCCCAACAUCACCUACUUCUACGCCAUCAAUACCACCUCUUCCCAGUGCUUGGAAGUCUGUCCUGCUGGCUUCCUCGCGGAUCCCACAACGCUAUCAUGCAUUAACUCGACUUGUCCUUCCCUGCCUUCUCUUUUCGCCUUCAACCGCACUUGCAUCCCUCUUUGCCCCAACGGAACCUAUGCCAACAGCGUCCUGCGCACCUGCGACAGCAACUGCAGCGGAAUUUACCUGAUCGACCCCUCCACCAGCCGGUGCGUGACUGUCUGCCCCUCCAAUCCCAAGCUCUUCGCCGACUGGGACAGUAACACCUGCGUCGCCCUCUGUCCCGCCAACUACUUCGCAGACAACUCCACCAGAACUUGCGUGAAGACCUGCAACCAGAGCGUGGGAUAUCUCGCCUACACCCCCCUGCGGCUGUGCGUGCUUGUGUGUCCCAACAACACAUACUCGUACAAUGGAACCUGCAUCACCACCUGUCCGACCGACCCCGCUCUCGACUCCGCUGCUCCCUACUACAUCGACACGACCACCAAGAGCUGCGUUAGCUCAUGUCCCGAUUACUACUUCAAGGACGACAACCUCGGCCAGUGCGUGCAGGCUGGCGGGUGCUCGCUCGGAUAUUACGCAGACUACUCGCUUAGGACUUGCGUGCAGUACUGCAACAGUUCGUUAUCGACCUACAGGGACAACGUGACGAUGACGUGCGUCACGCAAUGCCCCUACGGUACUUUCGGCGACUAUUCCAACGCAGGUCAGAAGAUCUGCGUGAUCAAAUGUCCCAGCAACUGGUACGCCGACAGCUCUACUUGGACCUGCGUGCAGUACGCCUACGAUGGCAACCGCACAUGCGUGAACCUGUGUCCUCCCAACACAACAGCCGACAUCUACACGCGGCGCUGCCUCGACAGCUGCCUUCUGGUCCCCUCCACCUACCUCUUCGUCAACGAUACGCUGCGGGAGUGCGUUCUGACCUGCCCCAUCGGCUGGUUCGCCGACAACUCCACCCGCAGCUGCGUGACCGGCUGCCCCCUCUCGCCCAACUACUUCGCCGACUGGCUCUCCUACACCUGCGUAUCUCUCUGUCCCUGGACCUCCACCACCAAGUACUACGCCGACACCCUCACCAGGACCUGCGUCGCCAUCUGUCCCAACAGCACUGCAGCCAAUACCACCUACCGCGAUACCGUCCUCAGAACGUGCACGCCUGUCUGUUCGGGACGCCAGUUUUCGGAUAACUCCACCGGUUAUUGUGUGGCUGUGUGUCCCACAACUCCUGACUACUUCGGCCAAACCUCUGACAAGACUUGCGUUUACAACUGCAACGUAACCGCAGAGGAGUGGGCGGAGAACCUGACAAGGCUCUGUGUUAAGGUUUGUCCUGCCGGCUCCUAUGCUGAUAACUUCACGCAGCGCUGCGUGGCCAAAUGCCCAGCUUCUCAGCUCUACUAUGGCGACAACUCAACUCACAUGUGCGUCACCCGCUGCCCCACCUACCCUGAGUUCUACGCCGACAACUCCACGCAAACCUGCGUGCCCAUCUGCCCCGGUUUCACCUACGCGGCCCCAGUUACGCGCGUCUGCGAGUUCGCCAAGAACUGCUCUUCCGGCUACUUCGCCGACAACUUCACCAAGCUGUGCGUGACCAACUGUCCCGCCACGCAGGCCUCCUACGCCGACAGCGUCUCCAGGUACUGCGUGAAGAAAUGCCCCGUCGGGUCCUUCGCCGACAACUCCACCUACAAGUGCGUCCCCGUCUGUCCCUCCUCGCCCUCCUACUUCGGCUACCUGCAGAAGUGCCUCGCCUCCUGUCCCAACAACACCUACGCCGACACGCCCACCCGUCUCUGCGUGGUUUCCUCCCUGUGCACCAACAGCACCUGGGGCGACCCCACCAGCCAGCAGUGCGUGGCAACUUGUCCCUUCAACUACUACGCUGAUACCAGAAACACCACCAAGAUGUGCGUGCAGCUCUGUCCCAAGGGGUUCUAUGCCGACGACUACACCAAAACCUGCGUCGCCAAGUGUCCAGCUGCCAACUUCACCUACGGAACCAACGCCACGCGCAAGUGUGUGGAAGUGUGUCCCAUUAACGAGUUCGCAGAAAACGGAACACGCAUGUGCAUGAGCAGCUGUCCCAACGCUUCCUUCGCAGACGCCAACGUGCGAGUCUGCGUGGCUGUCUGCUCUGCCACUCCUAACCUUUACGGUAAUCCUGUCAAUAACACCUGCGUCUACGUCUGUCCCUCAGUUCCCGAUCUCUACGCCGAGAACAGUUCGCGUCUCUGCCUGCCCGACUGUCCGUUCAACCAGUCCACCUUCGCCGACGUGCUCACUCGCCGCUGCGUCCUCACCUGUCCCGUCUCCGACUUCACCUACGCCGACAACUACACUCGCCGCUGCAUGAAGAACUGCACCUACAACGUGGGCGCCGGCGUGCUCACCUACGCCGACAACUCCACCCUCACCUGCGUGGCCGUCUGUCCCUCCCUUCCCGAAUACUAUGCCGACGUCUCCACCGGAACUGGCAUUUGUGUCCCCUUCUGUCCCAACAACACCACUCCUCGCAUCUAUUCCGACAACUCUUCCCGCAUCUGCGAGCUCACCUGCAACGUCUCCAGGUACUACUACGCCUCCAACACAACUGGCGAGUGCGUGGUGCUUUGCCCCGGUGGGUUCUUCGCCGACAAUCAGAGCCAAGCCUGCGUGAACCGCUGUCCCGGUCGCGUCAACAUCAGUACCACCGUCACCGUCGAUACCUUUGGCUACGAGUACGAGCGCACCUGCGUCAGUUUCUGCAUUUCUCCCUUCUUCUCCCAGAACAGCUCCAGACUGUGCGUGCUUUCCUGCCCACAGCUGGAAUACGCUGACAGCCAGUUGCGCCGGUGCGUGGCGGCGUGCGACGGCCAGCGACGCGAGUAUGCAGAUAACUCGACGAAUAGAUGCGUGGGGGUGUGUCCCACCCUGCCUGACACCUUCGCUGACAAUUCCACCUAUACAUGCGUCUACGCCUGCCCAGUCACUGCAGCAGUGGGAUACAACUGCAACAACUCAUGCCCUCUUGGCACAUGGGCGUGCAACAUGACUCGCGAGUGCAAGCAAUUCUGCACUCAAAACAGCAGCCUGCCUACCCAAUUCGCCGACAACUACACCGGAAGGUGCGUGAGAUUCUGUCCUCGCAACCUCUUCACCUACGCCGACAUGGUCAGCAAGAGCUGCGUGGCCCAGUGUCCCGACAAGCUGGUCGUCGCCAACGUCACCGUCUACAACCGCACCUUCGCCGACGACUCCACCAAGACCUGCGUCGAGAAAUGUCCUUCCAAUCCCUGGACUUACGCCUAA